AUGCUGACAUCCUCACAAGCAGCCAGAUGGCUGCCACGCGAUUUUGUGGAGGCCUCACAGAUCGGCGGCGUUUACACCAUUGUGGCGUACGCAGUGAUGCUUAUCGUUUUUCUUUGUGAGUUGAUGUCCUUUGCAAGCCCACAAUAUGCCACUGUGUUGGCUUUGGACAAAGCUGGUAGCGACUCCCUGCAGAUCAACUUCGAUGUAGACGUCCACGACAUCGAAUGUCGAAACCUACAGGUGGUUGUUUGGGCACAGAAUGGCAAAGAGCGAAUCAGUACAUCCGGAGAUGACUUUUGGCUUCGCUCCAUCGAUGCCCAGGGCAAGGGCUUUGGCGUGGCCGUGAAGCCUCGGGAUGCAAAUGGCGACCCAGACAUGGGUGAUGAUCAUGAGAAGCAGAUGCAAGACGUGCGGAAGCAAGAUGGCGCGCAGGAGCUAGAUGCGGAUUGGUCAUCUUCACAUGAUGGUUUCCGGCACAAGAGCUUCGAGCACGUGGUCCAGGGCCAUGAUUUCACAUUCAUCAACUUCUUUGCGGGCUGGUGCAGCCACUGCCAGAAGUUCGCGCCCGAAUGGGAGAAGCUCGCGGAGAAGGUGCAUGGUCAAGGUGGCACAGCCAUGAAAUUCCCAGAUCGCGAUGGGGUCGAGCGAGAAGUGCGGCUCAUUAAGCUGAACUGUGUGGAUUUCAAAGACACUUGUGCACCUCAAGGAAUUGAUGCCUAUCCAACCCUUCGGCUGUACAAGGCCGAUGGCACGUUCUCCGUCUUCGACGGCCGGCGAGGGGAGGCUGAAAUCAUCCGAUGGUUGGAGAGGAUGAUUAAGAUGAAGAGCUAUGGCUGGGGUGCGCAUCACGAGGUCUUUGAACGCGGCUGCAAUGCUCGGGGGCGGCUACAGGUACCACGGGUACCUGGCCACUUGGAGCUGAUGGCCGGAGGCGGAGACCAAACGCUGAAUCCCAGGAUGACUAAUGUGUCGCACACGAUCAAGCACCUGUCUUUCUCCGAUGGGAAUGAUGGGAAGUUCCAUAGGAAGGGAUGGUCGCGCUUUCCGAGAGAGGUCACGCGAAAUGUAGCUCCCUUGGACGGUCAGCGCUUCACGUUCGGUGCUCAAAAAUCUCUGCUUCUGGAGUCAUCUCCAAACAAGAUGAAGGGCUCCAGAAAAUCUUUCUCAGAACUUGCAUGUUCCUUUCUCCGUACAAUUGCUUCAGAAGGUUUGAACAUUUGUUCGAAUCCCUUGAAGCGUUUGGAAGCUGGCUACUUUGUUUCAGCCUCAGGAUGA